GCUGGAAGGAUGCUAGCAACAAGUAUUCCUUCAUCUGUUCCUCGUGAUGGAGAAAAACCAAAUCAGAGUACAGUGGCCUUUGAGGAGGUGGCCGUGUUCUUCACCCAGGAGGAGUGGACACUGCUUGAUCUUGACCAGAAGGCUCUGUACCAGGAAGUCAUGGAGGAGAACUGGAAAACUGUAUUGUCUCUUGAAGCUGGAAGGAUGCUAGCAACAAGUAUUCCUUCAUCUGUUCCUCGUGAUGGAGAAAAACUGAAUCAGGGUCCAGUGGCCUUUAAGGAGGUGGCCGUGUUCUUCACCCAGAAGGAGUGGACACUACUCGAUUGUGACCAGAAGGCUCUGCACCAAGAAGUCAUGGAGGAGAACUGGAAAACUGUAUUGUCUCUUGAUCUGUUUGGCUCUUCAGUUCAGUCAUUUCUUCAUUUGUCCUUCUUUCCAGAAGAUAACUGGAGUGAGAAAAAUUUAUGUCCCAGAUAUGGAAGAAUAUUUAUGCACAAAGCAGAGCUUACUGGACACCAGAGAACUCACACAGAAGAAAGCUGUGCUCAAGAGGAACCUUACGAAUGCAUUAACAGGCACUUCAUUACAGAAGUAUCUGGGAAAUGUUUAGAUCACAAUUUACACAUGAGUCUUCGGAGACUGCACAAAGGAGGAAAGCGAUACAAUUACCAGGAGUGUGGGAAGGCUUCUUCUCGCAAUUCAAACUUGCUCAUCCAUCAGAGAGUCCAUACUGGGGAGAAGCCAUAUAAAUGCCAGGAGUGUGGGAGAUGUUUUGCUCAGACUUCAAACCUUGUGAGUCACAAAAGAAUUCACACUGGAGAGAAACCAUACAAAUGCCAGGAGUGUGGGAAAUGUUAUGCUCAUAGUUCAGUACUUGUGAAACAUAAGAGGGCCCACACAGGAGAGAAACCAUACAGAUGUGAAGCAUGUGGGAAAUGUUUUGCUCGCAGUUCACUCCUUUUGAAGCAUAGGAGGGUCCACACAGGAGAAAAACCAUAUAAAUGCCAGGAGUGUGGAAAAUGUUUUGCUCAGAAUUCAGACCUUGUGGGCCAUCAGAGAAGAGUCCACACAGGAGAGAAACCAUACAAAUGCCAGGAGUGUGGGAAAUGUUUUUCACAGAAUUCAAAUCUUGUUGGUCAUAAGAAAGUCCACACAGGAGAAAAACCAUACAAAUGUCUGGAGUGUGGGAAAUCUUUUGUUCGCAGUUCAGAGCUUGCAUGUCAUAAGAGAGUCCACACAGGAGAAAAACCAUACAAAUGUCUGGAGUGUGGGAAAUCUUUUGUUCGCAGUUCAGAGCUUGCAUGUCAUAAGAGAGUCCACACAGGAGAAAAACCAUACAAAUGUCUGGAGUGUGGGAAAUCUUUUGUUCGCAGUUCAGAGCUUGCAUGUCAUAAGAGAGUCCACACAGGAGACAACCCAUACAAAUGUCCUAAGUGUGGGAAAUGUUUUCCUCGGAAUUCACACCUUGUGGGCCAUCAGAAAAUCCAUGUAAAAGAGAAACCUCUGAAAUCCCAGAAAAUAAAUCUAUGUGCCAAAUGUGGGAAGUCUUUUAUAUACAAACUGAGCCUUGCCAGACACCAGAGAAUGCAUACAGAAAAAGAAAGUUAUGCCAGACGGCAGUCCCACAAAUGCCAAGAGUGCGGAAAAUAUUUUGCACACAAAUCACAGCUUCUGAAGCAUCGCGUUGUUCACACAGGAGAGAAGCCAUACGAAUGCCAGGAGUGUGGGAAAUGUUUUGGUCGGGUUUCAAACCUUGUGACUCAUCAACAAAUCCAUACAGGAGAUAAACCAUAUAAAUGUCUUGAGUGUGGGAAAUGUUUUGCCCGGAAGUCACAACUUGGGACACAUCAGAGAGUUCACACGGGAGAGAAACCUUACAAAUGUCAGGAGUGUGGAAAAUAUUUUGCUCAGAAUUCAACCCUUCUGAUUCAUCAAAGAAUACACAAAGGAGAAAAACCAUAUAAAUGCCAAGCAUGUGGGAAAUGUUUUGCUCACAAUUCCCAUCUUGGGAAACAUCAGAAGGUCCAUACAGGAGAAAAACCAUACAAGUGCAUGGAGUGUGGCAAAUGUUUUGUUCGGAAGGCAGAACUUAUGACACAUCACAAAGUCCACACAGGAGAGAAACCAUACAAAUGCACAGAAUGUGGGAAAUGUUUUGCUCACAAAUCAGAUCUUGUGACUCAUCAGAGAAUCCAUACAGGAGAGAAACCCUACCAAUGCCAGGAGUGUGGGAAAUGUUUUUCUCAGAAUUCACAUCUUGUGAGCCAUCAGAGAGUCCACACCGGAGAGAAACCAUACCAGUGCCAGGAGUGUGGGAAGUGUUUUGCUCACAAGUCAGACCUUGUAACUCACCAGAGAAUCCACACAGGAGAGAAACCAUACAAAUGCCAGGUGUGUGGGAAAUGCUUUGCUCAGAAUUCCCACCUUAUGGGCCACCAGAGACUCCAUGUAGGUGAGGAACCAUAUAAAUACCAGGGAUGUGUGAAAUGCUUUGCUGACUAUUUACCACUUGAAACACAUCAAAAACUGUACACAGAGGAUAGACCAUACCAGUGCCUGGAUUGUGGGAAAGAUUUUGCUCAGAAUUCAAACCUUUUUAUCCAUCAAAGAUUCCGUCCAGGAGAAAAACCACACAAAUGCCCAGAAUGUGGGAAAUGUUUUACUUGCAACUCAACUCUUUUGAGGCAUCAGAGAGUUCACACAGGAGAAAAACCAUACAAAUGUUUGGAGUGUGGGAAAUGUUUUACUUGCAACUCAACUCUUUUGAGGCAUCAGAGAGUUCACACAGGAGAAAAACCAUACAAAUGUUUGGAGUGUGGGAAAUGUUUUUCACAGAAUUCAUACCUUAUUACUCACCAGAGAGUCCACACAGGAGAGAAACCAUACAAAUGCCCACAGUGUGGAAAAUGUUUUGCUCAGAAUUCAAACCUUGUGACCCAUCAGAGAGUCCACACAGGAGCAAAAACACGGAAAUCCACAUAGAGCAGGACAUGUUCUGCUUUGAAUUCAAAUCCUGUGAAUUAUGUGAGAGUCCACAUUUGACAGUAUCUGUUCAGAUAGCUUGUUUGGGAGGAAUUGUUUUGCUUUCACAUGAAGCAUGAGAGAUUCACCAGAGGAGAGAGGAACCAUAUGUAUGCCAAGAGAGUUGGAAAUGUUUUCCCCAAAGCUAGACAAUGUCAGGCUCAAGAAAAAUCCACACAAGGGGAAAAUCAUACAUAAGCCAGUCAUUUGGGAAAUAUCUUGCUUACUAAGGCCUGACUUGUGAUUCUCCUGGAAACCUACAUAAAACAGAAAAGUGAGAAAAAGCUUGAUUUCCAAAAAUGUAAGGGUUCUUACACGAAGGGACCCUAUAAAAUGUAUGUCAUGUGAGAAAAUGUUUCCUUGCAACUUAAUAUUUGGGCAGCACUUACAUCUCCAUGGUGGAGAGAAGCCUAAAAGAGCUUCCGGUGUGGGAAACAUUUUCCUCAGUCUGUGCAUUUUAAAGAGAUGCCAGAAAACAUAUUCCAAGGGGCAAGCCUACUCAAAAAAGGAAAAACAAAGUGUGCUGCUUAUGAACUCUUUGGGCAGUUUACAGUUUAAUUCUGCAGGCAAUAUAUUGCUUUCCUCGCCACAACAGGGUGACUCAGUUUACCAUCCUCAGAGGAAUUGAAGGCUGAGUCAACCUUGAGCCAGCUACCUGAGCCUGUUCUGAUCAAGCUUAAGUUCCGAGCAGAGUCUUGACUGCAGUACUGCAGUUUAGCCACUGCAUCGUGUGGAAAUUGGAAAAAAUCUUGUCUUCCUCUAGGGUCUGAGAAUUGACAUCUGAAUGUGCUUAGAAGAGAGAAGUCUCAUUAGUGAUCUGAAUUUGGAAUGUGCCCCCUUGACUAGUCGUCUGGAGCAAACCACCAAAACCUCCACCCAAGACGUAAGCUCUUUGAAAGGGCAGAGCAUGGGAAAUGGAUGAAUCCCAAAUGUUCAACACGCAGGUCUUACGGCCAGAGCAAGGGCAUUUUUAAUGGUCAAUGCACCCUCUGGUUAUGAUGUGGAAUAUGAAAGGAGUUAGGCUACCCCAAAUCCUGUGCUGAUCACUGGGAAGCCCAUGGGGGGGGGGAAGAUAGAAGCAAUUGUGGAGAAGAAAAAUGUAGGAAGAAGUAAAUGUGCCUUGAAACAAUUCGCUAAGGCUGCAUUUGGUUAGACACGUGAGUAUCACAUGCCACACGAAACCUUGAGUUACAGAGUCAUAAACUGAUCAGGUAGAUGAUUGUUGUGGUUUUUUUGGGCUCUUUGGCCAUAUUCUGGAGGUUGUUAUUCCUAACAUUUUGCCAGUCUCUGUGGCCGGCAUCUUCAGAGGACAGCACUGAUCAGGCAGACUUUCCUUCAUCCCACACCUUCCUCAGAAGCCUAGAUAAGCAGGAGAUGCCACCUCAAGAUCCCAUCUCUGUAUUUUCUUGGUCUCCUGUACCAGAAGUUGGUGCUUAGCUUCCACAUGGCAAAAACAAAAGAAAAAUAAAAAAUAAA